AUGGCUCAAUCUUCUCAGCAACGUGAUUCCCGACAUCCUCGCCCUGUCCGUUCUAGUCGCACAAAGGUCCGUUCCUACCAUGAAGACAGUAGCUCGGAGGACCGUCAUGAUGAAAACACUGUAUCCGACGAGGACGGACUGGCACGCCUAUCACUCUCGUUACGCCCGCGCGAUUCAAAUCGCAUGCCCACUUCAUAUCGGGAGGAAUCUACGGAUACAUCAGAUGGAUCCCUGACUGAUGAUCCAGAGGCUGUGAUUCCCGUCGAAGCCCCAACCCACCACACAUAUCCAUUUCCUGAACCAGCAGGCCGCAGUACGCAGACGAAAGCCCCACGCAAGCGAACCGUGAAGACAAGAUCCCAAACAAAAGGGACAAAAAGAACGUCGGGGAAACGUCACUUGGAAUUGGGUAGAUCACUCCACAAAAGGAGAAAAGUUGAGGCGGAUGACGCUUUAUUUGUAGGCUCUGGUGUUGUUCCACCCUGGCAGACCCUACCUUACCAUAUUUUGUUCGACAUAUUACUAUAUGCCUCGUAUCCUUUAGUGGAUGAAAAAUCUAUGACCAGAAAUAACUCUGUGCAAUGGCUAGUGAAUAUGUCUCUUCUCUGCCGUGCUUUCCAUGAGCCUGCCUUGGCGGCCCUUUACCAAUGCCCACCACUACUACCAGCUGCCAAGUCCCACGGCUUGCUUAAUCUGCUCUCCUGGCCGCAAGAGAAUCUCUCCACUAACUACGUGAACAAAGUCAGGGAACUACAUGUGGAUGUAGAGACUCUCUUACUUUAUAAAAGCGGACCAACUCUGGGGUAUUUCGAAUUACCCAAGCUGAUUGAGAAAACCCCCCGUGCGAAAAGACUGCGACUAUACCACAGCGAUGAUUAUGUGAUCGGUCUUCCUUCGUGGCAGAUAAGCCGUUCGAAAUGGACUUACCCAGAAAGCCUUUUCUUGGCCAUCGAGUCAGGGUCUAUGAGAUUGCGCAGCUGGGACUGGAAUAGCCGUUUCAUGGAAACCAAGCGUCUGCUGCCACUCAUGAUAAUGAAGCACCUCCAGCCUGCGUUUCAAUCCCUCACGGAACUUAGACUGCUACAUAUUGCGUCCGAAGAAUCGGACGACGAUGACUGUGCUGACGGGUCGGAUGCAAGAGAAGUUGUCCUGGCUACGGCAUUGAAGGGGCUUCCAUAUCUGCAUCACCUGCAGUUUAUAGAGUGCUCGAUUGUAAAUGAAUAUCUUUUGCCCAAUUUACCGACAACGCUGUCGUCUCUCACCAUCAAUAACUGCGAUGAGGUGACUACAGUAAAUUUCAAUUCGUUUCUUGCCACUCAUGGUCAUCAUCUGCGGGAGUUGAAUCUCUGCCAUAAUCGCCAUUUGAGUCUGUCUUUCAUUGUGAGCCUGGCGCAAUCAUGUCAAAAUCUUGAGAGGUUUAAAAUGGAUGUCUCCAUGCACGACUGGUCGAGUUAUCACGAUGUUGAACCUCAUUUCAAGGAGUUGCUUAGUCCUUCUGAAAUCCCGACUUGGCCAGCUUCGCUGCAAGACAUUGAGUUGGUUCAAUUGCGUAAAUGGGACGACCGUACAGCGGGGAUAUUCUUUACCUCCCUAAUUGACGCCGCUUCUGAAUUGAGAGACCUACGGCGGCUCGUGAUCAGUGCGAUCUUGAAGAUUGGCUGGCGUGAUCGCGCAUCGUUCCGAGAAAAGUGGAUUGGGAAGCUGGAGAAGGUGUUCCUAAGGCGGAGUUCACCUCCAGACUCGACUCUUCGCACAAUUGUGCAUACUCCAAUUGCCGUCAGCCUCGACCGGGCUAAAACUAGUGACGAUGGUGCUGCUCAGUCUGAUGCCGCAGACAGCGGACUUUUAACCCCAUCUAAACGCAAAAGUGCACGACUGGCCCGGCGAAAGCUCUCUGAGAUCGAAGAUAACGCAAACAAGAGCCCACCAGGUCAAGCAGCAAACGAAGGGGACGACGACCAGAAUAAGCUGUUUAUGCAGGGAAUGUGUGAUAUUGUCUCAGUCCGGAUUGACAAUCAACGUCCAACUGAAACUCAGUUUAAUGAGCAAGAUUUCCUUGAUGAUGAGUUAAGUGGCGACGAAGACUGGAACGGGCAUGACCUAGAUGUGGGGGAUACGAGUCAUGCAUGGUGA